AUGGAAUUUAGUUUCAUUAAAAGUGUCAAAAAAUGGAGACGUCCACCAAAAAAGCCGCAUGGUAUAGCAGGUCUCUAUCCACAGCCAGAAGAUAUGGAAAAAUAUGUUCAGUCUCAAAUAUAUUCUGUACAUUAUGAUGAACUAAUCUGUGAGCCGUAUUGCUGGCCAAAAGAAGAUAUGAACAGAAACGUUGUUGUUCCAUCAACUGCAGAGAAAAGUAUAUGA